UGGCGGUUGCAUGACAUUUUUCAAUAUUUGGAAAGUGUACGGCAAAUUUGUUUAGACUUACAUUCUCUGUGAAAUCCUACGAUUGGACGUAUUUUUACGUUCUGUUCUACUUUAGCUACAUCUAAUAGUAAUGUCAUCUAAGAGGAAGCAGAUUCACGGCAGAAAUCCCAGCCGAGGAGACAAGGAUGGCAGCCAGCAGCCUGUACGCAUUGGUGGAAGGAUUAAGAAGGCCAAGACAAUCUUUGACCCUUCAGACAGUCUAUACCCGAGGAAGCGUCGCAUGAAUAUUCUCCAGGCUGCCGGGCAGUCGAAAAAGCCUGGAUUGACGCCGGGAAGGAAGAGGAAGGACUCACACAAUAGCAGCAAGAUGCUGAUAAGUAAUGGCGAUGACUCUGGCACGCUGCCUGAACGAAAGCCGCUCUCCUUCUAUCAAGGAUGGUGUCUGAUUUGCCUGAAGAAUCACCCGAAGCUCAUCACGUGCAAGACCUGUUCCUACAAAGCGCACUUUGAGUGCCUGGACAAGCGUCCGGGAAUGACAUUUGAGGACCUCGAGCACAAUUGGCACUGUCCACAAUGCAAGAUGUGCGUUGUUUGCCAAAAGACCGCGGAUUUCGGGGUGCUGACACAGUGCAUGCUGUGCUUUGACUUCUACCACAAUACAUGCCAUCGUCCCAGGAUAAUUACAAAGGGCAACCAGCGGAGGAAGUGGAACUGCCGCAAUUGCGGUGGAGAAGCACUUUCUGAGUCUUCCGAGAGUGGUGUGGAGGAGUCCGUGUCAUCUGGCGAGGCGUCUCCCGCCCAAAGUAACUCCCCGACGCAGGAAGAGGCAAAGUACACGCCAGAAGAUGCGAAAACAGCCAAUAUAUCGGAUGGGCAAGAGAACACAUCGAGCACAUCGAUUGACGAGGAGAAACCCGAAACGAAGGCUAAAAGUGAGAACCUGGAGAACGUUCCAAACAUUGUCAUACCAUUUGCUGGCGAGCCUGUACCUGACGCGGCCACUUGGAGCGCCUCUGAGGUGUACGGCUACUUCUCGCACCACUUUCCCAACGAGGCUGAAGUGUUCCGUGAGCAGGAGAUCGAUGGCGCUUCCCUGGUGCUCAUGAAGCGAGACGACGUGGUGUCUGGCCUAAAACUGAAGCUCGGCCCAGCCAUCCGCAUCUACCGGCACGUGCUGAUGCUACAGAAGCGAAGCUCAGAUCCGCGACUCUCCUGGUCUUGUUACAAAAUGUAUUCGCGAAAGCGUCGUAUGAGCUAUUUUAGGACCUGCCAGCAGCUGAAGAAAAUCAUGCUUGAAGAGGAACUUUCAGAAUCCUCCAACAGCAGUGCGGACGAAAGUUUGAACGAGUAUUUCACGUGUGAGGAAACUAAGAAUUCUUGUUCAGCGCAGGAAGAAGAUAAGGAGGCGUCACCAGACGACGAGGAAGCAAGCAAGACCUUGGAAGCGCAGCAGAACGCAACGGACACGUCGAUCGACGAGGAUCAUUCUGAGAUGAAUGAAGAAGACGAGAAACCGGAUGUCUCGUGCAUUGUUACGCCAUUUGCCGAUAAACCUGCUCCUGAUGUGUCAACGUGGUCAAUUUUUGAAGUGUACAACUACUUCUUGAAUUACUUUCCCAACCAAGCAGCGGUGUUCUAUGAGCAAGAGAUCGAUGGCGCUUCUCUGAUGUUCUUGGAGCGCAGCGAUGUGUUGACCAAAAUGCAAUUGAAGUUCGGUCCGGCCGUCAAGAUCUGGGAACACGUGAUAAUACUACAGAAGACAAGUUCGAAGCCGUACAAGGAUUCAUACCUCUUCAAAUCCUAGCCAACAAUGGAGCCAGAGAUUUGCAGAAACCAUUUCUAUACACAUCAUUGCU